GAAGCUCAGGGUUGCAGCAGCAAACCAGUCUUUUUCUUUCCAUAACAAAGGAGACCAUCAUCCAUUCUUUAUUUCUUCCUCCCAAUUCAAGUUCAUUUCAGGCCAGUUGCAUGCAUUGUUCGUCUCCCAAAAUGGUUUGCGAGACUAAAAUUGUUGCCGACGAGCACGAGCCCAUAUCUGGGACCAAAAAAGAUUCAAUGAUAAUUUCCUCCUCGCAAAUGUGGACGUCCGCGUCGCCUUCUCCCAGUGCGCACGAAAGAAAGGUUGAAAAACGGGACCGGGUUUUUAUUCGCGAUUUCCAACAUUCGGACCACGAGGAGGUGCGCCGGAUCUUCAACGAGGGAAUCAUGGAGCGGAUACCAAAUUCGGCAUUUCGGGGUCUAAAACAGCAAACCCAAAUCCAGUUUAUCUAUGCUCUCAUCACAGUAAUGUGCUAUGUUAUGACCAAAUCCUUCACACUUACCUUCUGCAUGCCCUUUAUUCUCAUGGGCGCACGUUAUUACUACAGCAGAAAAGUCAUUCUCAACUACCUGGACUGCGCUCUGCACACUGACAUGGCUGACAUUGAGGAAUAUUACAUGAAACCCACAGGUUCUUGUUUCUGGGUGGCAGUUCUGCAAGGCCAGGUGGUGGGCAUCGUGGCAGCCCAAGGUCGAGAAGAUGAGAACACCGUUGAACUGCGUCGCAUGUCCGUGGACUCGCGCUUUCGUGGAAAAGGCAUCGCCAAAGCUCUGGGUCGACGCGUUUUAGAAUUUGCAAUGUUAAACAACUACUCGGCCGUGGUUCUGGGAACGACCGCAGUCAAGAUGGCCGCCCACAAGCUGUACGAGUCAUUGGGUUUUCGUCGAGUGGGAGAAACAGAUGACCACAAGCUGCCGGGGAUGACCGGAUCAACGCUGGAGAGGCUCUUCUUCCAGAUUCGCUACAGCCGGUACCAAUUACAGCUUCACGAAGAGUGAGGGACAGAAAGUAAACAUAAACGUGAAAGAAAAUAGAAUACAGACAACGCCACCGGCAACAACCCUGAACCAUCCACUGACCCGGUCCUCUUCUACCUAUUUAUUUAUGUUUAGUUUUUUAAAGUCUGUUCCGACAAUUCUUAUUACAUUCUUAUUUUAUGCUCAUUUUUCGAGGUUUUAGAAGAUGUUUAUUUCGUUUCACUACACUAGAGAUUUCCGCUUUUAGUUUUUCUUUGCAAGGUCAUAUUGACACCCUAAACCACCAUAACCAAGUCAUAAGCUCCAGUAAUCUUGUUUGGAUUGAAAUUUUAAUUUCUUCCCGUGAAAACCAUAGAAGGUUAUUUCUGCCUCUGACCCUUUUCCAAACCGUCUUAGGAGCCGAUCCAUAAGUAGCACAGACAACUUCAAAAUAUAGUUAAUAGAGUAGUAGAUGAUGUAGGGACUAAAGGGUUGGAGGUAGGAAAAAUUUGAUCUUUUUAUGAUGUCACUGUCCUCUUUAUGAAAUACACAAGAACCUAAAAACAGCAGCAGUCUGGUGAAAUCAAACAGUCCAUCCAAUUGUAACUUGUAGUCUGAAGCACAGCAUUUCUAACCGUCUAACUGUGCUUUUAUAUUAUUUGUGGAAAAGAUUUUGCUCCUGUGUUGGUCGAGCACAUUCGGGUGUUGAGCGACAGCAUCAACAUGAAAAAAAUCAGAAACCACCAGAAAAAUAAAACCUUCCAAUAAAAAAAAAAAUCUCCAUUAGGUUGACGUUGAAGUUACAUUUAGUGAAAGUUAAGUUUACAGAUGCAAAUGCGUUCGAAAAUCGAAAUUAAUUCUUAUAAAUACGAUUAUAAGACCUAUUUGUGAAUUUAAUGAAGCUUUAAUAAGUACUUGACUAAACUUUGUUUCUUGUUUCAACAUACAAAUUACAAUUUACGAAAAAAUCUAAUCUAAAUUGUGGACAUGCUUCCCAAUUGAUCUAUCAACACAAUAUCUAAAAUAUGAUCAUCAAAAACUGAACACGGGUGUCAUAAUAGCAGCAAUAUGAUGAAACAUAAAUGAAACUGAGCACAAAUUUAAAUUUGGAUUAAUCGGUCUGUUUAAGAAUACAAUAAUAUAAAACUUUAUAUACUGCAACUAUUUCAUUAUGUAUAUGUAAAAUGUUUUAAUACAUAAUCUCUUCAUUCUCCCGUUAUAGUACCAGCAGAGGGAGAGAUACAAACAAAAACGAGCCUCAUCUGUGACAUACUGUUGUAUAAAGUAAAAAAAAACGAAAUGUGAUUAAAAAAACACAUAGAAGCAACAUAGUAGUGCAAACCUCGCCAGUUUUCCUUGACUUGACUUUAACCCCACCUCCAUUCAAAAAUCUGACUGCAACCCUGGGCCUGACCCCCCUUACGUCCCCAAACCCCCAUUUCUGCAUGCCCCACUGAGCCUUUUUUCAUUCUAGCUUGUCCUAUCCCCUUACUUCCCUCGGUGAUGUCACAGUAGCAGUGUGGAGAUUAUAGGGCGGGGUCAACCAAAUAAUAGGACUACCCACCAGCUUGCUGCUUCGAUGACAUCACAGCUGCCAAUAAAGUAGAAUGCAAGAGCAAUGCAAGUGUGUGGCAUGCCUUUGUACCUGGUUUGUGCGUACAGUGCCUGCCCUCAAAAAGAAGUAAACUAUAUUUAAAGACGUGUAAAACAAGCUUUUUUAACUGAACAUAUACCAAACGUGUGCGCUUAAUCGUUCAAAGAAAUUAUAGUUGCAUGAAAUGUCUUUGAAUGAAAUAUUUGCAAGAAACACCAUUUUUACAUGGCAAGUCUUAAAAGUGGAACCGUUUUGACUUUUAUGUCAUUUAAGUUCAUUCUAAAAUUUUUAGGGUGAUCGUUAUCUUAUUUUACAAUACUGUAAGAUGUCAUUUUUUAUCGUAACUCCUUGGAAAUGAUCGAAUGCACUGUUUUGAUAUCAGAUUAGCUGAGGAAGGACAUUCCUAAUUUGAAUAAGGCACCUAAACAGCAAUUCUUAUUUAAGACACAAAUGUGCCAGCCAAAUUAGACAUAGCACUCACCAGUCUCCCUUAAAACAGACUAUGUAUUAAAUGUCUAGUGAAACUGCAUUGAUAGCCUUGAGUGGAAAGGUUGGGGUAAUAAAAUAUGUGAUGUGAUAAAGCUGACGGGCUACAGAUCCCACAUAUCUGGGAUGUUUACUGAGUAAGGUGAAGGUUUUCUGAAUCAUUUGUGUGCUUAUCUGUUCUAGAUUUCCGAUAAAACACUCUAAACUACAUAUAUGGAGUAUAGUAUGAAAAUAUUAAUACAGAAAAUAUUUUAUACUGUAUUGCCACUGCAGUGUCAGAAAAAAACAGUACACUUUAAAAAUAUUUGAAUAUGCAUCUUAAAGGUACCAGUGUGCACGCUUUAGGUACAAAGGUGUACUUUUCAAAAGGGUGACAACUUCUGUACAUUUUUUCUGAGAGUGUUAAAGGGACACUUUUUUGAAAACAAGGCUCAUUUUCCAGCUCCCCUAGAGUUAAACAUUUGAUUUUUACCGUUUUGGAAUCCAUUCAGCUGAUCUCUGGGUCUGGCGCUAGCACUUUUAGCAUAGCUUAGCACAAUCCAUUGAAUCUGAUUAGACCAUUAGCAUUGCGCUAAAAAAAUAACCAAAGAGUUUUAAUAUUUUUCCUAUUUAAAACUUGACUCUUCUGUAGUUACAUCAUGUACUAAGGCCGAUGGAAAAUUGAAAGGUGUGAUUUUCUAGGCAGAUAUGGCUAGGAACUAUACUCUCAUUCUGGCGUAAUAAUCAAGGACUUUGCUGCCGUAACAUGGCUGAAGGAGGCGCAAUAAUAUUACGCAGCAGCCGAAAAUAGUCCCCUUAGUACCUUUCAAUAGCAGGGGACUAUUUUCGGGCACUAUGUAAUAUCUUUGCGCCUUCUGCAGCCAUGUUACAGCAGCAAAGUCCUUGAUUAUUACGCCGGAAUGAGAGUAUAGUUCCUAGCCAUAUCUGCUUAGAAAAUCACAACUUUUAUUUUUCUGUCGGUCUUAGUACACGAUGUAACUACAGAAGAGUCAAGUUUUAAAUAGAAAAAAUAUCGAACCUCUUUGGUUAUUUUUGAGCGCGAUGCUAAUGGUCUAAUCAGAUUCAAUGGAUUAUGCUAAGCUAUGCUAAAAGUGGUAGCGCCAGACCCAGAGAUCAGCUGAAUGGAUUAAAAAACAGUAAAAAUGAAAUGUUUAACUCUAGGGGAGCUGGAAAAUGAGCAGAUUUUCAAAAAAAGUGGAUUACAAUAUAUUCUAUCCGGCCUUUGGAAUAAAUUAAUUCAAGAUUCGUAUUGACAGAUAAUCAACAGAAAAAACACACAAAUGGUGUAUCUCAUUAAUCUUAAUGGUAUAGAUUACAGUCCUGGCAAAUGUGAAUGUACACGGCAAUCAGUAAUGUAUUGCGUUUUUCCAGAUUUGAACAGUGAUGUAUUUUUGGGGCCUUUUGCUAUGAGUGUUAUUCUUCUGUAGUGCAAUCGCCUUGACUUUUUAAGCGUAUUACUCUGAAUGCAGUUAGCAUGGGAUUGGGCAUUUCAAGUAUAAGGAUGCAUGUAUUGUUGCCAGAUGAAAAGAGCCUUACUGUAAUGCUAAAAGUGCAAAGACACGAAUCACAGCUCGUGUUAACGAAUGCGUUAACCAGCCCCUGAUCACGUUACUAGUUUUGCACAUGCUAAAGGCUCGGUUAAAUUGAAAUACAGUAUGUAAACAGUUAGCAUGAUGUAUGCUGGGUGAAGGGUUUACCCUACAGUCACAUUAGCUACAAAAGUGAGCGACACGCACUCGUUUGAUGGGCGUUCCUUGGCUAAUAUCUAAAAGCGGUAUCAAAAGUCACUUCAGAGGUAUUGUUAAGUUACAAAAACUAUGUUUUUGGAUUUUAAAGUAUUUAUUUCUCGAUAAAAGUCACAAAAUAUAUGAGAUAAAAUGCUUAUUAGAUAUAUACAGAAAUAUGCAUUUUUCGCCAUCUUGAAUUAUUUCUUCGACUCGGCCACAGAUCUACGUCACGCUGCCUUUCACUCCGAUUGGCAGUCGCUUUGUGGCAUCGCUCAGCAUUUGCAUAAAAUAGCCUUCUUGUCUAGCGGCGAGCUCGUCACUUGUCGAUGGCAAACGGCCACUCCCAUUGAAAAUGAAUGGUAGCCUGUCGCUCUGUCUCUUGUAGCUAAUGUGACUGGGGGGGGUUAGAGUUGUAACUCGGAAGCAGCUGAAACGGUCAAGGGUUACAAUGGAUAACAAUUGGCUGAUGAAUGUUUCUGAAAUAAUUUUGGAAGUUAUUAGGGAAGUAUAAUAAUAAAACUGGGGUUUUACCCAUGCAGAAAUAAAGUGCAUUUUUGUACAUACAUUUCAAGGGUUGAAAGUUAUCGAUGAUGACAUGGGGCAUUCAUUGACCUGGGACGGCUGCUACAAGAAUGUUUCACUUUACAGAGGAGGGAGAUGGAGAAAGGAAUACACUUAACUAUGUUUUGUUUUGUUAUAUCACAGUCCCUCUAUAUGUGAUAAAUGAUAUGUGUGUGUGGUGCAUCUCUCUCCUCCCUCAUGUUUUUGGUUGAAGGUGCCAAGGACAUAAAGGCACUUACAAGCAUAUUUGUAUGAUUAUUUUAUUGGUUAAUUUUGACUUAAUCUCUUUUCUUUUACUAAAAUGUUUGUUUGUCAUGCUUAUGAUCCACUAUAAUGUAUUAAUAUUGUUUGAAAGGGUAAAUUUGCCAAAGUUGAGAUGUUUGCUGUAUUUCAUUCUUUUGCUGUUUGUCUUUGAAAUGUACAGUUGUUGCAAUGACUCCAUAUUUCUAAGAUUGAUUUUUUUUAAUCAAGCCCAUGUGCCAUUUAAUUAAGCAAUAAUACAAAGUAUCACAGUAAAAAACCUUAACAUUAUCCAUGAGAUACAGGACUUAGUGUUAAAAUGCUGCAAUGAUGUUCAAUCCCUCACACUUUACUGGUGACAGUCACUAAGAUGUUAUUAGUAUUGGCACAGCAACAUCAACACAGGCAAGCCAAGACCUGAACCUAUGUGUGAAUGUGAAUUUCUUUUGUACUUUCCUAUUAUAAUUUUUUUGUUUCUAAUUACAACUAACAUGUUUUCUUGUAUCUUGAAGAUGAAUUUUUCAGUUUACUGUGACUUAUUAUUGUGUUGUACCCAUAAAGUGAAACUUGAGCAUGACCGAGUGAAAGUUCGGAAGCAUGGGCCUCUGAAAGUUGCGCCAAGCUCAGACCCAAUAAACGGUCAGUCCUGAAUAUCCACCAAUUCACCGUCUCAAAUAGUCUGCAACAGUGAUCAAACCCAGAAUCAACAACAUCAAUUUCACAAGUGGCAAAACACGCACAAACAGUUAACUUUUUUAUUAACAUUUUAAUACGUGUAAAGUGUAAUUUACUGUAAAUAGCGUUUGACGACAUUUUAUGAUCAUUUUGUAUCAGAAACUAUAUAAAUAUAAUUAUUUUAAGAUGUUUACAAAAAACAAAAAAAACUACUUUUUGAUUCCAAUGUCAAUAAUCAGCUCACAUUUGUGCCAAUCGGAGCAAAAGCAACUUUCAGAGUCCCUGCAGUCCUUCUUUCAGCAAUGAUCUUGUAAAGGGGCUUUUCUUAAAAGCAUCACAAACUAUACCGGUAGUUAUAUCUUUGUUAUGGGUAAUCCCUGGGAAAUGUAUGGCACUUAUGAGGUAAUUUCACCAAAAUGGCUCUUAUACUUUUUUGUUUUAAUACUCAUGUUUACAUUUUUUUGUGUAAGUUGGCAUUAUUUGUUCCAAUCAUGUCAGCAUGCUGAUAUCAGUCAUUGGCUGCCUGUAACUAUUGAGUCAAGCUCACACAAAGCACAGCAGAGAAAUGAUAUGCAGCCAAACUAGGGGGCGGGGUCAGUUGUCACAAAUGGGGAGUGCCCAACAAAGGGUCGGUGUGGUAUUAUAAUAAGGGUUUAAGCCUGGGUGGUGAAAAUGAAGUAUGGGGAAAAAGGGGUUUGAGGUUAUGGCAAAUCUGACCUCGCUUUACCUGUUUGGUUGCAGUGAUCAUCUGGUUCUUUGAGUUUGAAAUCUUUGUACUACCUUGGUGUCUUAAAUUUCAGUUUUUGUUUUUUUUAAACUGCUGUUUACGCCGCCCCUUCUCUUUUAUUUCUGUAAUACACAGGAACUUUGUAAAGAUGUAAAGAAAAGUUUUCCUGAUUCAUGGAUGAAAAGGAUGUUAAUACUGUAUCAAUUAAAGCAACGAUGCAUAAAGCUUAGAAA